AUGCCACCGGGCACUUUGGAUGACGAAAACGCUGUUCAAGUCAUAUUACAGUCUAUUCCGACCCAAGCAGGUGCUACCGGAAUCCUAUAUCCCGCAUCGAUGGUUCCUGAAUGGGACAGCACUCCCUUUGCUUCGGCUCACCGAGUUUGCGCCAGCCAGCCAGCCAUCUUUGAUAGUGACGGGCACCCUGUCCUUCCAUCGCAUGUCCCAAGCAUUCUCACUGUGGGUACCGCCGUGAGAGUUGUACUCUCCUUUGGUGCACGGAAACCAAAUCCCGACGCUAAAUUAGAGGUCUACAUCCUUAGCCCACAAGAUGCCGCUAAGGACGAAAAUGCAGACGACAAUUGUGAAGUCACCUCCACAGGUCCCACCGCAGCCAACGCGAUGGGGAGCGAGCCAUACAUUGGUGAAGACAUCGCCAGUGAUGCGCUCAGCAAUACAAAUCCGACAUCCGAGGCUGAUCGCCAGACUGUCGAAACAGAGAUUGCUGCUCACGCUUCCACCCCAACACCAACGACAAUAUUGGGACCAAGCACCAUCGAGGUCAAACAUGAGCCAGAGGGUAAAGUGAACAGUGGCGAUGGCUUGACAGAGUCCCAUGCUCGUAAACUCAAAGGCAAAGGAUCGAGACUAAUUCUCAACCUAAAGGAGUGGAGAUUGUGGAAUUAUCCGACGACGCAACUAGCAUCGUAG